GUUCGAGAAGCAUCUGGAUAACGCUCUCAGAGCACGCUCUGACUUUUGGAUGGUCCUGUGUGGUGCCGGCAUUCAGUCUGGAAGAUCCUUACUGGUCCCUUCCAACUCGGGAUGUUCUGUCGUUCUAUGGCUGCGCCUGUCCGCAGCACAGCCACAAGAUGGCGAUGUGCAGCCGCCGCCCGAGCGCAGCCCGCCCGAGCAGAACGCGCCCGCUCCCUCGGCAACCGCCACACGCGCUUCCUACCCGCCGGGCGCGGCGGCCAUGAGGGCAGCCAACAGCCAGCAGCCGGCGGGGGCGGCCGAGGAGGCGGACAGCGAUGGCCGCAGCGAGACGGCGGGAGGCGGGCAGCCCCGGAAGAACAUUCUGUACGUUGAGCCGUGUAAGAGAGUUAAAGAGAUCCUUGAAGAAGAGCUCUGUUUUUGGAAAGAAGAAUGCCACAUUAGGCAUCCAGCUGCAGCAGCUCUGAAAGGAAUUUGGAGUGUGAAAAAGAAUUUCUCCAUCAGAGGCCUGCAGCCAGCAUCGCAGAACAGAAAUGGCUUACUUUUACAACCUCAGUUCUACUCAAGGCAUGUAGGAAUGAAAAUUUUCUCUGUUGCAGAGUGAUUCUAAAUUCCAGCAGAAGAUCAUAACGUAGUUGAGGAAAUGCCUUAACUUUUCUUAACAUGCAUUGAGCUCAGCAAUUCCUGGGCCAAGAGUUUGUGAUUCGGUUAUCAAGGUCAACUUAAUAAAAGUUUAACAUAAAUAAGCCUGCGGUGUCGCUAUUUAUGUAAGAGCUAUUAUAGAGGCUGCCUGGAACCUAAAAUAGCCUAUCACUGAACUCCCACUUGCAACAGUUACUAAAGUCAGGUGAGGUGAUA